CUUCCACGCCUAUAUCAAAAGAAAAUUUUUGGACCAGAAUAUGUUGCUUAUACACCAGUUACUGCAUUUCAUGUUCGCAAUCUACUUCUAUUCAUCAAUUCAUUCCUUGCAAAACAAACACCUGAAACUAUGAAGCAAUUAUAAAGGCAAUUAUCAUCAAUCUGUUAAAACAGUGUGAGCUGAAUUGAAAAGUAAAUUGCUUGCUAUCUUCAUUGGUAAAUAUAUUAAUCAUCUUAAUCAUUAACAAAACAAAUGUUCUCCUGGAGCCUUGAAUCGUUAAUGCACCCAAAUGAAAUCAACCAGUAAAAACACAAUGAACAGCGCAUGGAGUGGUUUUGGUAGCCAUAGGAGAGAGUAAUUUGAAUUGUAUUAUGGCAAUUGAAGGGUACUUAUAUCCUUUGCCCACAUAGAAUAACAAGUGACCAGAAUUCUGGAAGUCAUUUGUAGCUUGAUGCUGCCAUGGUUAGUUUGAUUGCUGCCCUAUUUGACUGAUACUCAAAUUGAAACUUGGUGUAUUGCUAGCAUCGAAAUCACUCAAAAGAGCGAUGUUGUUUCCGAGGGUCUUCAUCCAGCUGCAACUGAUAGUUCUUGCAACGAGUGAUCACGAUUUGUGGCAAAAGAUUAACAAAGGAGGAUCAGCAAAUGUGAUUGCUACAAGUAAACAUGCCUUGUACCAAAUAAACAUUGCAAAGGAACUCAAGUCCCUUCACAAAGAAGAGGGAUUCCUUACAAUGACACACAGCGUCAUUGAUGUUGAUGCCAAUGAUGAUUAUGGAAUUUGGAUAACUAACAUUUAUUCACAUAUAUUUUUUAGGGCCGGCGUGUCAUCCACCAAUAUGUUAGGUACAGGAUGGGUUCACAAAGACGGAUUACUAAAAGGAAUAACUACUGGACGUUAUGGCCUAGUCUUUGGGCACAACCAAUAUACAUAUAUAUUUAAAAGAGGUGGAAUCACGUCCUCUGUUCCUACAGGAACAUAUUGGCAUUUAUUAACAGGUUUCAAUGUGAUUGAUGAAUCAUGCUCAAGAAAAGUUUGUUUUUGUGUUAACAGCUUUCAUAAACUAUUCACUACUGGUCUUAUGGAAAAUACGGAUUCCCCCUCAUGGACUGGCCCUUGGAUAUAUAUAUAUCCGAAUGUCAAAGACAUCUCUGCCUAUGGAGAGAAGACACUCUGGAAACUAGACACAAACGGAUUCAUAUGGGAAGCGGUCAACGUAUACGACAGCAAUUUCAUUAAGUUGACUUGGGAACGUCGCGGCUAUCAACAUCAGACUUUCAAAGAUGUAGCAGUAACUGACAAGAAAGCUUAUGCAGUUGGCACAGAUGGGAAUAUAUACGUUCUGACUGGUUGCCCGAUUUUUGACUUUGAAGACAACGACCUUUCCGAAUGGGAAAAAACUGGAACCGUUUUCGAGAUGCAACCGACAUUCAGCCAAAGCACAGUUGUGGGAGCAAUAGGCAAAGUUGGAAAACGAUGCAUAGAUACUUUAACAUCGAACCAAAAUGCAACGAUUGGUGAUCCCCCGGUCGGAACAGCAAUAUCACCAUUGUUUCAGAUACGAACAAAUAUGCUGCAUUUCACAGUUGGAGGGGGUUCACACCCUAACAAUUAUGUUGGAUUAGUGAUUGAUGGAGUUGAAAGAUUUCAAUGCUCAGGGGAAAGUGUGGCUAAAGCAUCAGCAACAGGGACAGUGCGCAUGGGAAGGUACUGGUGGGACGUAUCAGCCUAUAUAGGCAAAUGUGCCAGUGUUAAGUUGGUUGACUCAUCGUCCGCAAAUUGGGGACAUACGCUUUUUGACGAUUUGAGGGCAUCACCACCUUGUUUCAAAGGUAUGGAUGCAGUUUUGACAAGGGUUGGUCACGAGAGAACGGUUUCCAUAGGACAGGCUGUUAAACAUUCUUUGAAACUGAAAGGGUUCUAUACAUCGGCUUUGAGACCAUUGUUCAUAACAGCCAAAGUCCCUACCAUGAAUGGACAUCCUUUAAUCUACUUUGAAGAUAUCUCUAUCGUUUCAACAACUUGCAAAACAAAUACCCAAAUGGAGGUGGACAUGACUGUAACAGACAGUGGACACGCCUAUAGCAUUACAGGAAACAUAACAAAUCUAUUGUCUGAUGCGACGAUUGAAAUUUUAGCUCGUGCUUAUGACAACGAUAAGUUACAGAUUGGUUCCCCAUUUGCUACGAAGUUCUUUGUAACUGUGAUGUUUACAAACGAGUAUAUCAGAACCUUUGAAAGAGACAUGGAGAUCCUGAGGCAUGGCAAUGAAAGUGCCUCUCUAGUUUAUCAAGGAGAAAUUAUGGAGAAAAGACGUUUCUUUGUUGGGGAAAACGUAACCUUUAAAGUGCAAGUGUCCCACAACUACAGUGUCUCUCUCUCUAAUGCUUACAAGGUCAAUAUAAGACUAAUUGUACCAGAAAUCCUUACAAUUAUCGAAGUCAAUGGAUUGCAAACAAGCUCAGGAGAUAUUGCCACAUCAGAUUCCAAAGGGUCUAAACAAAUCUUUUUGCAACAACUUCUUCUCGGCAAUACACGAAAUAUUGUUCUUGUCGUGACGAUAAAGAAUUUGCCAAAAUGGACACAGUGUAAAAGAAAGUUUUGCAAUGGUGAGAUUUUACUCGACAAAAUCUACUUCUGUCCACGCAAGGAUUGUCGCAACGGGAGCAACACUGGCACAGAUAUAGAAAGCUUGGCAACUCCGAAGUUUUUCGAUUUCAAGUUUUCUUACAACAAAACAAGCAGAGUGAUUGAUGAUGUUUUUACCGAAGUAUAUGAGAGAAAUACAUCGGCCCUGUUCAUCUGUAUGAGGUACAAUGAACUUAUCCCGCAAAAUGGCCGUCAGUGUUAUUUCGGCAAUUUAUCGACAAACUCAUGGCAACCUCUAAGCCAAUUUAUUACAAACCUAACAUAUUUUGACAACAUCAGACAGGAGCUGUAUGGCUUGACUAGAUCUCUGAAGGCAGUAAAGAUGUUUGGGGAAGAUUUCUCACAAACUAAUUUUUUGUCAUCUUCACAGUGGAAUGAGUUAGCUGGAAGUGUGGCAGGGAAGUUUUUGAAAGCAAGCAACGUAGGGUCUGAUGAUUCUGUAAAUACACACGGUUUGCAAAUGUACCAUUCGCUUUUUAGAUGGCGUUGUUGCAUAUACCCAAUAAGUGAUCGCCAAAGAGAUAUGUUAGUCCCAACAGGGAUGUUACUUCAGAAAAUCUUCAUCCAGUUGAUGUUGAUAAUUGCUCUUGCAAUGGGUGAUCAAGAUAAUUGGCAAAUUUUGAAUAGAGGGGGAUCAGUAAAUGUUAUUGCUACAAAUAAGCACGCAUUGUACGAAGUAACAGGAGGAAAGGAAUUGAAAAUUCUUCACGAUGAUAGUGGAUUCGUUCUUUUUGGCAGCGUGGUAAUCGACAUUGAUGCGAAUGACGACUUUGGAGUAUGGGCAACGAACAUUCAUUUAAACAUAUUCUACAGAGCAGGCGUGACGUCGUCUAAUAUGUUAGGUACAGGAUGGGUUCAAUUAAGCGGUGCAUUAAGUUCAAUAACUACUGGACGAUAUGGCCUAGUCUUCGGGCACUUCACCACCGGACAGAUAUACAAAAGGGAUGGAAUAACAUCAUCGUCACAUAUUGGAACAGCCUGGGCGAUGUUACAGGGCGGAGGUGUGAUUGAUGAAUCAUGCUCAAGAAAAGUUUGUUUUUGUGUUAACAGUCUUCAUCAACUAUUCACUACUGGCCUUAUGCAGUAUACGAAUUCCCCCUCAUGGAAUGGCAUUUGGAUUUAUAUAUAUCCGAAUGUCAAAGACAUCUCCGCCUAUGGAGAGAAGACACUCUGGAAACUAGACACAAACGGAUUCAUAUGGGAAGCGGUCAACGUAUACGACAGCAAUUUCAUUAAGUUUACUUGGGAACGACGCGGCUAUCAACAACAGGCUUUCAAAGAUGUAGCAGUAACUGACAAGAAAGCUUAUGCACUUGGCACAGAUGGGAAUAUAUACGUUCUGACUGGUUGCCCGAUUUUCGACUUUGAAGACAACGACCUUUCCGAAUGGGAAAAAACUGGAACCGUUUUCGAGAUGCAACCGACAUUCAGCCAAAGCACAGUUGUGGGAGCAAUAGGCAAAGUUGGAAAACGAUGCAUAGAUACUUUAACAUCGAACCAAAAUGCAACGAUUGGUGAUCCCCCGGUCGGAACAGCAAUAUCACCAUUGUUUCAGAUACGAACAAAUAUGCUGCAUUUCACAGUUGGAGGGGGUUCACCCCCUAACAAUUAUGUUGGUUUAGUGAUUGAUGGAGUUGAAAGAUUUCAAAGCUCAGGGAAAAGUGUGGCUAAAGCAUCAUCAACAGGGACAGUGCGCAUGGGAAGGUACUGGUGGGACGUAUCAGCCUAUAUAGGCAAAUGUGCCAGUGUUAAGUUGGUUGACUCAUCGUCCGCAAAUUGGGGACAUACGCUUUUUGACGAUUUGAGGGCAUCACCACCUUGUUUCAAAGGUAUGGAUGCAGUUUUGACAAGGGUUGGUCACGAGAGAACGGUUUCCAUAGGACAGGCUGUUAAACAUUCUUUGAAACUGAAAGGGUUCUAUACAUCGGCUUUGAGACCAUUGGUCAUAACAGCCAAAGUCCCUACCAUGAAUGGACAUCCUUUAAUCUACUUUGAAGAUAUCUCUAUCAUUUCAACAACUUGCAAAACAAAUGGCACGAUCAGCAAGAAAAGGUUUUUCACCGAGAGUGGACAUGCCCAUAGCAUCACUGGAACCAUAAAAAAUCUAUUGUCUGAUGCGUCGAUUGAAAUUGUAGCUCGUGCUUAUGACAACGAUAAGAUACAGAUUGGUUCCCCAUUUGCUACGAAGUUUUUUGUAGCCGUGAUGUUUAUGGACGAGUACAUAAGAAUCUUUGAAAGAGACAUGGAGAUCCUGAGGCAUGGCAACGAAAGUGCCUCUCUACUUUACCAAGGAGAAAUUAUGGAGAAAAGACGUUUCUUUGUUGGGGAAAACGUAACCUUUCAAGUGCAAGUGUCCCACAACUACAACAUGUCUGUUUCUAGAGCUUAUAAGGUAAACAUAAGACUUACUGUACCGGAAUUCAUGACAGUUGUCAAUGUUACUGGUGUAGAAUCGUCAUUUGGAGAUGUUGAUACGUUCGAUUCUGGAAAGUCAAGAAGCAUUUGGAUACCCGAACUUUUCCUUGGUGAUAACAGAACAAUAAUUUUCGCCAUAAGUAUAGAGAACUUGUCAAAAUGGAAACAGAAGAAAGGAAGAAUCUACAAAGGUGAGAUUCUCCUUGAAAAAGCUUACUUCUGUCCUCGUAAAGAUUGUCGAAAUGAAAAUAGUUCUAGCAUUGAGAUUUUAAUACUGACGACGGAGAGAUUCUACAGUUUCAAUUUCUCAUAUAAUGAAACAAAGCGAGUUGUGAAUGACGUCAUAACGAGGAUAUACGACAGAAAUGCGUCCGCACUAUUCGUGUGUGUCAGGUACAGCGAAUUCAUCCGGAGAAAUGCUCGAAACUGCUAUUUUGGCAACGUAUCGACAAAUUCAUGGCAGCCUUUGAGCAAAAUUAUCACCAAUGUUACAUUUUUCGAUAACGCAAACAUGGAGCUAUAUGGUUUAACUGAAUCCCAGAAGGUUGUUAGUCUGUUUGGAGAGUCGUUUUCGAAACGUAAGCUUUUGACGUCAUCACAGUGGAAGGAUAUUUCUACGAUCGAAGUUUCAAAGUUUCUCAAAUCACACAAUGUCGUGUCAUUAAGCUCUAAUGUGCUGCAUAAUAAAGGGGACGCGUUUUCUUCAUUGUACAGAAAGCACUGCUGUGUGUAGACUUUUCAUGUCAUUGUUAAACAGGAUACACGCACAUGAAAUUCAGUUUUUGGCAUCAAAUAGCUAGAAUGCUUAACCGCUGACUGAUGCUGGCCUGUAAAGCAAGGUUGAAAUAUGUUUAAGCUAACCUCCACUUCAAUGUUUUUGUUCGCACGUGUGCUGCGACCUAAGAGAGCUAAUUUCCUUCGCAUUGAAAGCUGGUUGCCAUCCUACUUCCAGUAUGACUUCGGGGGAAUAAUUAACAAAGAGCCAAACAGAUCGGUAGACGCGGGACUUCGGAUUGUAGGCAACUUGCAUAUGAUCUACACUUGUAUAUAGAACUGUAAAUAUUAUCUUAAGAAUUGUAAAAGCUUUGUUCUUGUAUUUCUUGAUAAUAACUUUGUGCAAAAGAUUCGCAACUUUUGAUAAGGUUUAAAUAAUUCUUUUCUUUAAUGAAAAACGAGCACAAUAGUUGAUAAAGGUUAAUAGACGUUUAAUCUAUCUUUUAAAACCAGGGUAUUUUUAAAUGCAGCUCUACACAAAAUGUGCAGUUCUAGAAGUUGUUUAUGCAAUUUUAAAGAAAAACCUGUGCUGUUCUAAAAUUUUACUUUAAUGAACAAAAAAUUCAGGAAAA